CGACCAUCGGACCGACCGAUGAUUCAUUCCUUACGCUGCCCCGUCUUACCGUCAUGGGGCUCGAUGUCGCCAACAACAACCUCAUGUCGCUCUUAUCCAAGCAAGUCUUGCUCCUCAGCCCGCCUGCGUCCGCCUCGUAACAGCGCUGGCUCGAACCUGUUACACCCUACAAUCCCAGUGCUCGUUGUAUCCAAAAUCCAAGUGCCCGCCACUACGACCGUGCGCCACUUCAAUCCUCCCGCUUUCAUUUCGUCACUGGCUGUGGGGCGUCUGCCACGUCUAUCUCCCUGAUGUCGACUUGUUUUCACGAACUGGUUGACAUAUUUCAUGAAUAAAAUAUGCCAAUCUUCAAAGACCAAGAGCGACGAGAGCUUCUCUACCAUCACGCAUGGCCUGCUAGCUGUCCUGACGACGAUGACGACAUAAAGCCUACCAAGACUCCGAAGCAAGGAGUUGAGAGUUUGGAGGAGGAAGUUAUUGCUGGUACUUCCUCGUGGAGGUCAAAUAUGGAAGCACAUAGCAGCCCUCAAAGGUUGCAAACGAGUGAUCGUGAGGAGUUGAUUCGAAGUAUCAAGAAGGGGGAAAGCCCUACAUGGGUUCCUAAUCGUUCUCUGGAAGAGUAUUUUGCAACUCAUGGAGAUCCUCCACACUCAAGACUUGAAGGCCAGCUGAACAAGGACAAAUCCCAUCCUCUCCUACCGGCCACAAACCUAGAAGAGUCAUUUGACAACGGUUCCAAGUGUGAAAUAUUGACUUGUUGUCCCUCUGAAAUCGAGAGGCCCCGAUCAGCCCUGCAUUCAGGUGACUUUCGCGAGGGAUCACCCCAAGAUCAGGAGCCACGUAGUCAUGAGCCUUUCGAACCGGGCCCCAGCCGUCUUCCUUUUGGCUCUUCUCCAACCACUCCAUGGUAUACACCUCCAAGUCCGCCAGCACCUACAACGCAAGAAAUCGGCUCGAUUUUGGUCAGAAGCCGGGCAAGGGCUCCAUCCUUGAAUUCAUUUUCAUCCUUAAGCUCGUUUUCGUCAAGUUUUAUUCUUAAGGCUCCAACAAGCCCGCUAGUCCACCAGGCCAAUAACACCGACCUUGACUUCUCACCAAAGACUAUAGACCCUCUCGACCUACAAUCUAGCCCUGAGAAGGCUAAUCGUCGUCGCACCUUACCAGCGGAAACCUUUACAUCUUUCCAAUAUUCGCCUCCUGGAUGCCGUCGUGGAGCCAAUGUGCCCACUACUUCCCAACCAUGGAGAAGAGAGGCAACCUUCCCUUACCAAGCCCAUCAGCCCCGAAGGUCAUUAACCUCAGCUUGCACUCUUCAACCGGCGUCAUCUCCGCAGACGCCUUUCAUGGGACGUUCGAGAAGACCGUCCUUUGCCACCGAUAUCUCCUCUCCGCUUCAUCACGCAUCCAUGGUUGGGUCUUACGAGGAAUCUAUUUUGCGGGGCAGAAUGUCAACAACUCCCUCCAAACCUCUGGAUUUUACUGCGCAAAUUGGCGUGCUUGGGAGAGGGAACUGUAAACCUAGCCUGAAGUGUCCACCUCACGUUACUGUGCCAUUUCCUGCCGUUUUUUAUAGCUACCCAACGUCCGGCGGUGGACGAUCAAUCUCGGAUGACAGCCCCAGCCCUUACGUUGGUUUCAUCGAUAUUGAAAAUAGCUUUCCAAAGGAAGACAAAUCAAACCAACGAACCCGCCGACGCUAUGUCAGUCCACCAAAACUGGUGGACAAACAUCUCGAAGUGGACACUACUCUGUCAGAGGUGAAUACAAAUGUUCCAACGCAACAGGAAUGGCGUAGGAGGGAGAAACGAUCCCGGCGGUCACCAUCUCCAAAAGCACCACCUGGAGGAUGUUACAGGAUACCUCAACAAGGCCAACUACAGAUCAUCAUAAAAAAUCCCAACAAAACCGCAGUGAAACUUUUCCUUGUUCCUUACGAUUUAGAGGGGAUGGAGCCGGGAACUAAAACCUUUAUCCGACAGCGAAGUUAUUCGGCUGGACCGAUUAUCGACAUGCCCCUGUCAGCAAGGACAAAUUCAGAAGCUUAUUUGGGCAUGGGGGAUUCAGCUGACAAACCGGUACUUAGAUAUCUGAUACAUCUAAAUAUCUGCUGCCCUUCCCGUGGCCGCUUUUAUCUUUACUCAGGAAUCCGAGUCGUUUUUGCAAACAGAGUCCCGGACGGCAAAGAGAAACUGCGAAAUGAAGUUCAAUAUCCUGAUCCUCAGUAUAGCCCUUAUAAACCCGCCAAGGAAAUUAAUAAGUUAACCGCGGAAAAUGCCAUUAGGCACAGAAGUUCUGGUUAUAGACCUAAUUUACUGCCCAUGGCUCCGAUGAGGAUGAGCUUCGAUAAUUACGAAACUAGCCUUUUUGCUCGGGCACCUCCGGUAGCUCCAUUGGAGACAUUCAAUUUCAAUCUUCCCGUUCAUAUGUCGGGCAAGGCUAGUCCAUAUGCCCCAGAUUAUCAGGACACUGAGAUGGAACAACAUGAUCUACUUCACCAUCAGAACCGGUAUGGAGGUUUACAGGGCCAAGCUAGCCCUAACAAAGGUGAUCUGACCCCUCUACUGCUGACCCCAAGAAUUCCCUCGCCUCCUCCACCCGACCUAGGAAGUUCGACUACAGGCACAGACAACAUGUACAGCAAACGCCAAAGGGGUGACGUGGGAUAUGGAAGCCCAUUCAGGAUGACACCCAUGGGACACGAGACGGGAGCAAGCCUAUUGGCGCGAAAACUGAGACGGCUAGAUGUCGUGUUAGGUCCGGACUUGCCGGAUGAAAAAUAACAUUUACAUGAUAUAUAGAUGUGCGAACGAUCUAUUCGAAAAAUGGCCUUGAUCAGCUUCAAUGGCGCGCCGGCGCUCAUCCACAUGGUCAUUCGACUGGAAUGGUUUUCCUUUUUUGGUUCUGAGGCUCAAUCCACUCUUUCUCUAACGUUUCUUUUAUUCUCCUUUCGCGUCGUUUAUAGACAAACUGGUGAGGGAAUCACAACGGCGUUGGAUCGGAUGGUUAACCCAACACAAACUAAAAGAACCUAGGAACGAGACUGAAAGUGUUAUAUAUCCGCGAUCAAAUUACUCCCAGUACUUUUUUUUUUUUUUUUUUUUUUUUUUUUUGGUUCCUUUUGGUCUAGCCUGGCUUUAAAUAUGCUUCAUUUCCCUUUCCCAUUCCAGUUAUGCCUCAACUAUGGUUUGCAAUGGCUUCAAUAAUUUGUAUAUGUGCAAUAUAAGUGUAUCCAUUUUGCGAAAACUCCGCUUCUUCACUAGCUCAUUUAACGCUCUUUUAUUUCCUCUCUUUGUUCUUUCC